CCUUCUCUUUGUCGAGACGACCACGCGCGUCAUCUGGCAGAACCCUGUCGCCAUCCUCUCCGCAUCUUGCGCCGGAGCUCCACGUCGUUUCACCUUGAGACUGACAAAGACAGAUGCGCGGUGAGGUGGCCAGCGCAUUUUUGAACAAACUGGAAACUUUUACUCAUGUCAUUCGUCGAGCCAGCAAGUGCUCCAACCACCUGAUCUGUCCCCGCCCGGGUACCAAGCAGCCAUCUCAGUGCUCCACGUCCAUCACGCCUCCAAAAGCGCAUCACUUCCGUCACAACCUGUAUCUAUGCUGUUUUCUGCGAUAACUUGUCUUCAAUAUGCCUGUAUUCCAUGAUUUUGGUGACAGUCCGCCGCGGCGGUCAUCUUCACGUCAACCGACACUGGCUGCACUUCAAGGAGAAGGAACGUCGAAUUUUGGAUUUGACACAUCACUGCUAGAAGGCGUGUGUGCAAGAGAUUUCGCAGACUCGAAUGUUCGCCUUGAAACAAGCCCUGAUACAUCUAAUCACGAAUCCAAACCAUCUUUACUCGAUCGAAUGGAGCUGAUAGAAAAGCUCAAGAGAGUAAAUAGCCCUCCAUGGCAGCAGCGGCAAAGUAACGGCGGCCGUCACGAUAUAAACUCUGAACUGCGACCGGCAUAUCAGGGUCGCCCAAAGACUCCUCUUUCCCCGUCUGCUGAACUCAAGCCAUCACGCACGUCUACUCCUGAGGCCUUGCGGGACCAUUCCUCGGUGGGCUUAGCGAUCGAACGACCUCGAUCCGCCCUACAUUCGGGAGACUUUCGAGAAAAGAAGGCAGACGCAGGAUCUGACGAUGAGCCUUCUUUGACAAAUUUCCUAGCGACUUCGCCCAUCGUGCCAUGGAAGCGCUCGUUUCCAGCAGUUACAAAUCUUUCUUAUCGGAAUAAUGCGUCAUAUCCAAUCAGAGAUGUGCCCAGCUGCGAAUUCACAGUCUCCCGAGCACGUGCGACGUCACAGUCAUCGUCCAGUCCGUUUGUCUUCAUGCCUCCAACAAGUCCACUUGUGCAGCAGUCAAACAACACAGACUUAGAUUUCUCUUCGAGACCAGUAUCCAGAGAUGGUUCCAGAAGUCCAGAGAGGCACAUCCGGCCGCAGACGAUUUCUCCUGCGUCCUUCAAUGAGUUUCUGUCGACUCAAAUGGCAACGUCUGCAUCCGGCACUCCGGCAGCACGGCAUCUGCGGCACGGAGGGUCAAUACCAUACCAAGCGCAUCAACCAAGGCGAUCUAUGACAGCAGUCAACCAGUUUCAACCUCAGUCCAACCCACAAACACCGUUUUUGAGCUCACGUCGACCUUCAUUCUCCUCCGAAGCAUCGCCUCUUCACCACGCCCCUAUGGUCGGGUCCUACGAGGAGUCUAUUCUACGCGGACGCAUGUCAACUACACCUUCACGCCCCUUGAACUUCGUUGCCAAGAUUGGAGUGCUUGGAAAAGGGCAAUGCAAAUCUAGUCUCAAAUGUCCACCCCAUGUGACGGUGCCUUUUCCCGCUGUCUUCUACAGCUACAACACUGGGAACGGCAUAAUAUCAGACAAUGAGCCAAGCCCAUAUGUGGGCUUGGUAGAUUUGGAAAACUCGUUGUCUGCGCCUGAGGAGAAUAAAGAAGCGAGCAAACGCAAGCGCCGACAAACAGUACCCAUUCCAGAACAAGACGACCACGAAUUUCGAUUAGAUCAUCAGGACCAACAGCCGGAUCGGACUACAAAGGAACACAUAAGACGGAGGGAAAAGAAGAAAAGACGGUCAACAUCGCCCAAGGCCCCACAAGGUGGCUGCUACCGGAUUCCGCCACAAGGCCAGCUGCAAAUUGUUCUUAAAAACCCGAACAAAACCGCAGUCAAGCUUUUUCUCGUCCCGUAUGAUGUGUCGGAUAUGGAACCAGGUCAGAAAACAUUCAUCAGGCAGCGCAGCUAUUCCGCCGGCCCUAUCAUCGACAUGCCGAUAUCUUCGCGCAAGAACCUUGGCACAGACCGACCCGAAGCGGCGCUCAGUAACUCAGACGAUCCAAAUGACCGUCCAAUUCUGCGAUAUCUGAUUCACUUGCAUAUUUGUAGUCCGUCGAAGGGCCGCCACUACCUGUAUAAAAGUAUUCGUGUUGUGUUCGCCAACCGUGUGCCAGACGGGAAGGAGAAGCUGAGGAACGAGAUCCAACUACCAGAACCGAGAUACAGCACGUACAAGCCAACCCGCGAUUCAGUGGCACCGCAGACUUUGUCAGUCGGAGGACAAUCCACGGCUGAGAAGGUAUUGCGCCGUCAAAGUGCAGGAUGGCACCUUGAAAAGCCACCGCAGUCAUACGACCGAAUCGAUGGCUUGAGACAGCACCCACCUAAUCCUCCACCUGCUGUGCAAUUCACAGGCGGUCCAUUGAGUUCAUCAGCAUCAGCCACUCUAAGUUCGCCUGUGCCACUAUACCAGCCCAUUCCUUUCAGUCUCACUCGAUUAGCUGCCAUCGAGUCGCGACCUGUUUCCCGUGAAUGUAUGGAUAUUGAGGAGUCGAGCCCUUUCAGGACACCCCUGACAUCGCCAAAGUCAGGCCUAGGCAGCCCAAACAGUCAACAAGAAGGCACGUUUGGAAAACUUAGCAAAGGUGAUGUUGGAUAUGGAGGGAACGCGUUUUCACCUCUUGGUAGUCCAUGUUCACCACCUGCUGCAGGGCUUUUAACACAAAUACUUAGGGGUUUGGAGUCUCAGCAGGUUGAAGAGGAUGAGUCCACAUUUGCAGGGCAUACGUAGUCCUUGUUAGUGUUUAUUUUUCAUAAGCGGAGUUUCAAUUUGCACUCUAGAUCGGUUGUUCACACUAUUAAUACCCUCAUGGCGUUGGUAUAGAAUUCUCUACUCACGUAGUUUUUGUAUUUUCCAGGAGUUUCGACAUUUUCCUUUGUCACAUACUGUUGUUUUGCCUGCUGUGGCACGUCCUGCUCGGCUUUUGUAUAUGGCGUAGGAUAGUUGGAGUAUUACUACUAGCUGCUCGAGAAUGAUAUAUCAUCAUAU